GCUAGCAUGAAUAUCUUAAGGCAAUUUUAAAACGCCGACAGCGUCCUUACCUCCAGCCCUCACGGGCCCCCGACAGCUUUGUGUUCAGUCACAAUGGCGCGUUACCCAGCGACCGUUUAAACCGCGUGAGCGAGCGCAGCGCGAGGGGCUUCCGUGUCACUCAACGAGAGAUAGUUGCAAACCCCAACGGACUGAAACAUACGGCAUGAUGUUAUUUAAUGGUCCAGUCUGACAUGUGCGGCGAAAAUAUUGUUGGGUGAGCAGUGUUACAGGGAUGCACUGGAGCAGUGUCAUAACUAUAAUGCCCGUCUGUGUGCAGAGAGGAGUGUGAGGAUGCCCUUCCUCGACUCUCAGACAGGUGUCGCCCAGAGCAACUGUUACUUCUGGAUGGAGAAAAGGCACAGGGGACCAGGUAUGGCUCCAGGUCAGUUGUACACGUAUCCAGCACGACGUUGGAGAAAGAAGAGGAGAUCUCACCCUCCAGAGGACCCUCGCCUGGCCUUCCCUGCUCUAAAGUCCGAGCUGGAUCUGGGACUUAAGAAGGACGUUUUCUCCAGUGACGGCAGCAGCAGCUUAGAAGCCCUACUCAAGGGAGAGCCAUUGGAUAAGAGAACCGGACUAGAGCUCCGCUCAGUGGAGGAGGAGUCCAGCUCAACUGAGUUCCCAACUGGGGGACUAAACCCCACUGCCAGGGUUCGCAAGAGAAUUUUGGAACCAGAUGAUUUUCUUGAUGAUCUGGAUGAUGAAGAUUAUGAAGAAGAUACUCCGAAAAAAAGAAAAGGCAAGGGGAAGGGUCGUGGUGUUACCAGUGCCAGGAAGAAGUUGGAAGCAGCAGCAGCUGCAUUGGAGGAUCGGGACAAACCGUAUGCAUGUGACAACACUUUCAAACAAAAGCCUAUUUCAAAAUCUUCCGAAAGAGUCUGUGGAAAGCGCUAUAAAAACAGGCCUGGUCUCAGUUAUCAUUAUGCCCACUCUCACUUGGCUGAGGAGGAGGGGGAGGACAAAGAAGAGAUGGAUAUUCGUGAACCGACUCCACCCCAACAGGACGAACCGAAGACUCCUAAGAGGGGCCCAGAUGGUUUGGCUCUGCCGAACAACUAUUGUGAUUUCUGUUUGGGAGAUUCUACCAUGAACCAGAAAACUGGCCAAUCAGAAGAGCUUGUGUCCUGCUCCGACUGUGGUCGUUCAGGUCACCCCUCAUGUCUGCAGUUCACUCCUGUGAUGAUGGCUGCUGUAAAAACGUAUCGCUGGCAGUGCAUUGAAUGCAAGUGCUGUAACAUGUGUGGAACAUCAGAAAAUGAUGACCAGCUGUUGUUUUGUGAUGACUGUGACCGAGGUUAUCACAUGUACUGCCUCUCGCCACCAAUGUCUGAACCUCCUGAAGGAAGUUGGAGUUGUCAUCUGUGUUUGGACCUUCUUAAAGAGAAAGCCUCCAUAUACCAGAGUCAGAAUGCACCCCGCUCAUGAUGAUCCUUUUGAAAAGACCCUUUCACUUUCAAACAUUCGUUCAGUCAAUCAAAUGAAAGGUGUUAAACAGAGGUUUAAGUGGAACGGAAAGGGACGACCACCUUUACCCUCCCCAUAGUUACAAAUGAAAGGAGAGAAGAAGAGAGUUUUAAAUCUCCCAUCUUUGCAGGUUUGAUCUCAGUAUGACUGUUACACAGUUCCUAGUUUCAAACUACCCUUGCUCUUUGUUUUCAACUAUUAGUCCUUCCAAAGUGAAUGAACAUGGCAAUACAUCCAUUCUAUACUGGAUGGAAACUCUUUUAACAGUACAUACUUGGUGUUGACCCUUCUUAGAGGAAGUCACUGUAUGAGAAUAUAUGACUCUGUUUUUGAGUUCCUGCUCAUAUUAGACCUGAAUAUUUCCACCCGUUUCCGCAAAUACUGAAAACAAAUCAUGCUUAUAUCAGCCAAAAUAAUCAUCGCUUACCCAAAAUAUGCAAAUGUACCGACACUGUUCUUUUCACAGAGAGGAAUAGUUGAAACCAAUCAGCAUGCCAAUGCUUGUUCAUAAUAAGCGAAAUAGAAAAAAGCAAAUGUGUUUUUGUAUAUUUAUAUAUUUGUAUAGCAUAUAAAGGUGUGUUGUAUUUAAGAUCUUAUAGAAACUAUAGAAAUGGUUCAUUAUAAUGGGAUUUCCUGAGGUUUAAUGAUAGCCUCUCAUCUGCACAUGCCACUUAAAUACUGAAUCUAGCAGUCAGUAAGUGGGCUCUAGUAAUGAAUGGUUUAAUCAUGCAAGAUAAGGUUAGUGACUUGAAAUGUAUUCAUCUUCAUUUUUAGUUAUUUUGGGAUACCCUAAUUAUGCACAGAAAAUAGGCCUCAUAUGUUCACAGGCCUGUAUAUACAGUAUGCCCUUAAACAUUAAUGGCAAACAACAGUUGGAAUAAAAUCGAUCCGCCAACAGUACAGACUUUACUACACUGUAAAAAAAAGUUUAAACAACUUAAUUAUGCAAGUCAAUUCAACCUACUAUUUUCAAUUUUGACUUGUGAUAAGUUGACAUAACUUAGAAAAACGUUUAUAUUGUUAAACUCUUUCGCCGCCAAGAGAAAACGCUUCCCUGCCAAUGACGAGUAUUUACGGCUUUUUUAAACUCGGAAGUAUUGCCCUAUGUCCGUGUCUUUUUUAAGGAUCGCUCUGAAUGGGAUCUCUAUGAAAAGUCAGUCACAAAAAUGGAAUUAUCUCUGCUUUUUGCUCAAAAUGUGGUGUUUUUGCAGAAACCUACCCAUAUUCAAAAGCUGAUUACAAAAGAACUACUGAAGGUAGGAUGAAACAGGUUUUUUUUGUUUGAAAGGUAUAUUGUAUGUAUAUAUAUUUAAAGAAAAACAUUUUCUGGAAGGCAUUAAACUUUUGUGAAAAUCAUGAAAAACGCUGGCGCUGGCUGGAAACUUAAAAAAAACCUCUGGCAGCGAAAGAGUUAACUUAAUUUGUUAAGUUAAAGUAACAUAAAAAUAUAUUGAUAUAAUAUCAUUUUUUACAGUGUAAUGCUGGAUUCACACCAAACGUGGUAGAGGCGACAAAAACGCGCUAUUUGCACGUAGCUGGACGCUUGAAAAUUUUGAGAUUACUCGCUUCAUUUGCGUGUGAAAUUCUAGUCAUUUGAAACGUUCAUGCAGAAAUUCGCGUCAUGGGAGGGGCUU